AUGACAGAAGAAAAAAGUCAUAACGAAUCAACCAAGAAUGAAAGCAGCGAAAAUAAGUACCUCUCCCAAAUAUACUCCUUCCUAAAUUCCAGUUAUAUUAAAAGUUCUUUUGAAAGUAAGCCUGAACAUGGUCAGAACAAAAAGAAGAGAAGACACUUGUCUUCUCGAAAGGCAUAUGGCUCCCUGGUACGGAUGUUUAAGAAGGUUGCCAUCGAAUGCGACCUAUACUUGGAAGAAAUUCAAGUUCAAAAUGAAAAUGAGAAAUUCAUCGUUCAACUAUUUGGGAGGAACUCCGUCACGUUAAAGAAGCUUUACAGAAAGAAAAAGAUGAUUGACCAUUAUUUCUUCCUCCUCAUUUUGUUCAACAUCCUGUCCAAUUUACCCUACACCAUUAUACCAAUUCAGAAGUUUGUAGACAUCUGCGACAGUUACAUAACUCGAGGCGUGAAACUCCUGAUGAAGUUGAACGCGUCCCACUACGGUAGGAAGAAGCGAAUUCACAAAAUUUACUUCGAGUCGGUUUUCUACCUAUUUGUGUCAAUCUGGAAUAAUCACUAUUUUGACUUUUCCCUGUCCAACACCAUGGUAAUUUUGACCUUUUUUUACAAAAUUUACAUUAUCCUGAAGAAGCUGGAAAUCCGGAACGUAAACCUGUUUGACAACAUAUACGUGCUGUGCGCGUCCUAUGUGAGCAAAAUAAACUCCAUGCUGUGGUUCAGCACGUACCUCAUCAUCAAGCGGAUGCUCAUAGACGAGUGCGAAAUAAAAAUCAUCAAGAAGAAAAAAACGUUCCUGAUUUUGCCCAUUUUCAUCGACAUUAUAAAAAUCCUGGACGUGUACGACGAAAUUAUAAAAAAAACAAACAUAAGUCCCUUGGUCAAGUUGUACGAAGAGCUAAAAUUAUUUCUCCUUUUUUUCUUCCACAAGUUGCUGUACAAUUUGAUAACAGAGCAGGACAUGCUUCCGCGAAACAUUUUUAAAUACCUCCAAAUUAAUAACAACAUCACAUCCAACCGGAGAAGGAGAAGUGGCAAGGGGGACGAUUCCCAUAAGAGGGAGUCCAGUGAACUGCACAACAGCUUCUACAAGUACACCAAUUCUAUCAACGAGAACUUCGUCUUUUUCUCAUUUUUCGAAAAUUUCUGCCUUUUUAACACCUUCACCGAAAGGGAAAAGACAAACGAUUUUUAUUCCUCCCUGUCCCUUUCGUUCAACUCGAUAAAUUCGACCAGCUCAUCCAACGAAAAUGACCAGGGGAGAGUGGGUGCCAAGUAUGCAAAGGGGCAUGCCGAAUCACCUGAACAAGGCUAUAAUGAUACCUUCAGACAAAAUGAAGAAAGCGAAAAGUCGUCCCAAAUUAUAAGAAUGCAUAAACACAAAAUUGACAUCCUUGAUAUGCAAUACAAUCACUUCUUCAUUCAUAAAUACAAAAAUGAAAAUAAAUUUAUUUUACUCAUUAAGAGUUACUUCAAUGAUUAUUUGUGUGCUCUCUUGAACAGCUUGUACAUUUACUCGAAGAUUAUUUACUCCGAUAGGAAAUCUGGUGCAGCUGACGGUAAAGAUGAUGGCGCUCCUGGUCACGGGCACUACAAGGAAGGUAGCAGCUCAGGGGUGGAGAAUCAGCUAAACAGAGAUGAAGAGAGGCACAAAAUGGGUGAGCAGAGGGGGGAUCUCCACGAGUCGUCCCCCUUGGUGAUCUCUUCGUCGACUCGGUCCUUAGGCCCUCCCGGUGAAAAGCGGCAGGACGAUCAGGAAAUUUGCAGUGUAGAUCGAAAAUUGGGCCCAAUAGUAUUGGACGAAAGUAACGUGGCCCCAAUCGACAUAGGCACUACCGACGUAACCGCGCUCCGAAUGGACCUCUGCGAAGUGGAGGAGUUCCACCUGAUCCACAGGCAGAAGGUGCAGCGGCAAGAAGGUAACACUCCCAGAGGCACGAGGAAGAAAAGGAAAACAGGAAAAUUCCCCCAUUCACACGCAAAAAUUGUAAACGCUUUAACAAGCUUCGUGGAAGUAAUAUACAAAAAUAUAUUCAAAAAAGUGAUCAAAAAAAUACACACAUGCAAAAGCAUAAGCGAUUUGAAGCUCUAUUCAUACAUAGAAAAAAUAUAUUCAAAUGACACAUACUACUGCUUAAAAAAGAGGUUAAAAAAAUUUUGUUUCGUUCUUUUCUUCUCCGUUACGCUUAAAAAUUUAAUUAAAAGUUAUGUAUAUAAAAUAAGAAAGGAAAAAGUGAGUAAAAAGAAUUUGGAAGAUUUCCAGUCCAUCCUCAUAUACGACACUUGCAGCUUCAUCAAAAUAUACAACCAACUAAGUGAAGCCAAUUGCAAAGAUUUUUUCUCAAAUAAAUAUAUCAACUUCCUCGUGUAUGUAAAAAAUGUACUUACAUUGCCCCGGCAGGAACUGCUACUCUGCCCGGUUAAAAACAGACACUUUUUUUUCUACAUAAAGACUAAGCGAGUGGACAUCCAUUUUGACAGCUUCGUCGAAGAGUGCAAGUUGAAAAAUCAGCAAAUCAGCGGUGAAAAGAAGACGCUCCCCAAAUUCUGCCAACAGGAUUAUUAUGUACUCCCAAAUAGCAGACACUCGCAAAUUUCACGAACCAAGUAUUAUGCUGGCGAUGAGGCGAAUCAGCUGGCAGAUCAUCCAAGGAAAAACAUCCUUGAACAGGCCAUUUACAACAUAUUUCAGUCGCUCAAUCCGUUCGGGAAACUUCAAAGGAAAAGCGAUGCCGAUAGCUACUCCGGAUGGGACGCUAAUCAGGAAUACAGCUCCAUCAAAUCGGUCCACAAUAGAAGAAGGGACCCCUAUGACAGCUCCACCAGCGUCGACACAGACGGGGUUGUCAAGGAACGGAAAAGAAAAGGAAUGAAAAGAGAGGAAAGAAGAAGGAGGAAAAAAGCAAAAGAAAAAGCAGAAGAGCAAGAAGAAGAAGAACAACAACAAGAAAAAAAAAAAAAAAGAAAAAAAAACUAUGAACAUGGUCAGGUGGAAAGUGAGGCGGAAAGGCGAAAUGGCCCAGCUAGCCAAAGCCAAAUUAUGAGCAAUUCGGGAACUCAAAAAAAAAAGUCAGCCACGAGUUCCUGCACGUCGGAGGGCGAACAAUGUGGAGUCACCGUGCCGGAGUCCCAGGGCAGCGCCUCCAGUCGAGAGAGUAAAAGCGAAGACGACAACUCAGGUGUAGAACGCCACUCUUAUAACGAACACAGCUAUAGCAGCGAAUCCGACGUGAGCAGCCUAAACAGCGGAGACCUCGAAGAACAGAAGUUCACGCGGGGGAGGUCCAGCGGCAGCCCGUUCGAAAUGACGCCGGAAGAAAAGAAAUAUUGCAUCAAGGUGUACAUGAAAAAUUCCAGCGAACAGUUUGACAGAAAAGUGAUGAUUUUAAAAAAUGACAGAAUUUAUUUUUACAACUCUGAGUAUGCCAUAUCAUACGAUUCCUUCUACUUCCUGAUGGAGAUAAAAAAAAUAUACUCGUGCGAUGGUUUCUUCGAUUCGCUCAUCAAUUCGCAACGGAUAAGUGUCGUCAACUCCACGUACUCCUCCACGGAGGAUGAGGAGCUCUACUCCAGGAGCGCGGGCAGCCUUUCCUCCGAGAGCGGCUGGCAGAAGUGCGGCUUCGACGCUAAAAUAAUUUUCCACAACUCGCUGCGCAAAAACAUACAGCUCAUGUUCAUUGAUGAGUCAUACGAAAAAAUGGUGAGUAGGAUAAACAGAUCCCUAGUGCACGAGACGGACAGGACAUUCGCAUACACACACUUGAGUUACGAUGAGGAAGUGGAAAGAGAGUUACUCUGCCACUAUCUGCAACUAGACGCGAACGAGCAAGGGGGUAGUUCUAAAAGUUUCAGCUCCAAUGACAGUAACAGCGCGUUUCCAAAUGGUGAGUCACGUGGGGGAUCGAGCAGCGACAGGGGGAGCGACGCGCCAAGUGAUGCAAGAAGUGAUCGCCCUUGUGACACGCACAACGGCGGUUUCGUGGAGGAGACGGAGGAGGGCUCCGGAAGGGAUGCCACUCGUUCGUACGAGAAAUUCCAGUCGAGUGACGAGAGGCAAGUCCCCCACAACGGAGGUGAAAAAUGCGCACGUGAGAAGGAUACACGUCAGAAGGGGACACAUCAGGACACACGUCCAACUGGCACCCGCGAUGGAGAAAACCUGCUGAACAGAAUCCUGGAGGAAAACCAAGACCUUCUGAAGGGGAAGAAAAAUGGAACUGAAGGAAAACUCAACAGGUACCCAAAUUUAAUCGAAUACAAGUACUCAUCCAGCACCACCGACAUUUAUAUUAGGCAGAGGAAAUAUUUUGCCAAAAAAAGAAAAAUAAAAGUCCGGAAGGAAAACAGAAUGAAGCUUUUCAAAAAUAUCGACAAGAAUGACAUUUACAAUUUGUUUUACGAGGAAAUCUGUAGACUCUGCAAGAACAGGAAUAACAAUAUUUCGAAGACGAAUUCGGACGACCUUUUUUUCCACAAGUCUGUGAAUAAGCUGUACCAGACGGCCAACCUGGGAUAG